ACAUAUGCGCCUGCAGCCACGAGUACUCCUUGGCCUACAUACGCGCCUGAAUUUUCUACAUCUGCUGGACAUACAACUUUGUUUGAACUCACGACUUCGCCUGGACUUACGACUUCGAUUUUCCCGGAUAUCCCAUCCUCGACAGCAAACACUAGUACUGUGUCGGCCCUCAUAGGAGUUGUGGUCUUCUUGGUGAUUGUUGUCGUAGCCGCCAUGGGUGUCAUCAUCUUUCUCGUCCUCAAGCUUAGGAGAAUGUCUAGAAAGGAAAUUAAUACGGAAGACCCUACUGGUGCAGAAUAUGACACAAUCGGUAGAGGGAGCUCUCCAGCAGAUCCGAGAGGAGACGCCAUCAUCACGCCAGCGACAUCCGUCGGAACUGCAGGUCAACGGGCAAGAUCAGCCACCGGAAUAACUAACAGCGGUGCCAUGGCAACGACAGACAACGCCCCAACCCUCUACCUACAGAACACACAAGAGGAAUCUCCCUACCAAGCUCUCAACCCUAACACUAUGGAAUCCAACACGUACACAAGUUUGGACAUAAGGAAUAAGAAACCAAAGAACGACAGCACAUAUACAAGUCUUUGCCCAAAAGGUACAGCUUUUUACCAGAACAUGGCCUUCGUGGGAGACCAGGGUGCCAUCUGGGCGGAGGCAUCUAGGAGAACAACGGCCGGAAGAGGUGCGGCUAGGUCGGGUGGAAGAACUCGGAGAGUAGAAGAGGCGAUAGAGAUGGACCACGUCUACCUGGACUUAAAUGCUUAGGAUAGGACAAGUAGCGUAAUACGUUCGACUAUCCGAAUGUAUGAUAUCAUGUUACAAUGCCAAACCUUCUUCCAACACAAAUUAAAGGUGUACACGAAUCAAAUUUGUAUAACAAUCACUGUUGCCUUAUUCACAAACAAUACUGAUGACAUCUUGUGAGUUUACGUUUUGAAGUGAUUGGUCAUCAGUAUUUAUCCUGAAGAAAAUUUUAGCUGUGUUUACAUUUGUGUUGGAAAAAAGUUAAGCAUUGUACUACUAUUACAACCAACAUAGAUAAGCUUCCAUGAUAAAAUAUUAUACCAUCAAUACUUCGAUGAAGUUUAGACAUCCAGUUAAUAAACUACGUGAGGUAGCAGUUACUCAAACAACUAGGAUAUAUUUUAGAAACGGUUAGACGAUUCAGACAUCAUUCGCUGUCUUUCGUCAGCCACAAUAGAAGUUGAUAUGGUAAUAUUGAAUGUACUAAAUGUAUGUAGUUUAAUCGGGUAUCUCACUAAAGUCUUCUUAACCAUUCUAGUAUGUUUUCAUGAUAUUACUAUCAUAAAGUAAAGGAAAACACAAAUUUGAUUUAGGACGUAGCGAUACCGACAACGAACCGAGGCUAAGAGUACCUGCUUAUUGCUAAAUGACUACACUUCGUUACACCGGAGACUUCUUUGUAUAUCAUUCACACUGUAAUGAGACAAAAGUACUUGUCAAAGGUAUGAGUUCGUUGAACUGUAGUGUAGAAACAAUGUACUAGAUAAAACACUGGGCACAUAUAGAAUACAUUACAAGACCUCACUGUCCUUAUAGGGUGAGAAAGUGUAGAUGAUACGUCACAUCCGGUAUCCCCAAGAAGAGUCAAUGGGGGUUCUACAUAGA